GAAAGCGCUGGAGAGCAGAGGGAGAAAGGAGGCUCCUGUGUGGGGCAGGGACGCAGGCACCGGAGCUCCCAGGCUUGUGGGAAGCCUCAUUAGGAGACAGAGAAAGAAGGGGGGGGGUGUCAAUCAGCCAAGGGUGGGGGGAAGGGGCGCGAGCUCCUUUCUAAGGCUAGGGGAGAGCAGAGGGGUUCGGAGGUGACCAGCCAGUGCAAAAGCUUUGCCCCCUCCCAUCAUCCCCCCCCCUCCAGCUAGGAGCUGCCCGGUGCAUUUCUCUCUUCCCCACCCGGCUGCUUUGCCCCCUCCCGCUUCGAGAUGCCCAAUUUCUCCGGGAACUGGAAGAUGAAGCACUCGGAGAACUUCGAGGAGCUGCUGAAAGCGUUGGGCGUCAACGUGAUGCUGAGGAAGAUCGCGGUGGCCGCGGCUUCCAAGCCGGCCGUGGAGAUCAAGCAAGACGGCGAGACCUUCUAUAUCAAGACCUCCACCACGGUGCGCACCACCGAGAUCAACUUCAAGAUCGGGGAAGAGUUCGAGGAGCAGACCGUGGACGGGCGCCCCUGCAAGAGCCUGGCCAAAUGGGAAAGUGAGAACAAAAUGGUCUGCGAACAAAGGUUGCUGAAGGGGGAAGGGCCCAAGACCGGCUGGUCCCGGGAAAUGACCAACGAUGGAGAACUCAUUCUGACCAUGACAGCCGACGACGUGGUCUGCACGCGGAUCUACGUCAGGGAGUGAGACGCCCCGCUGAGCAGCGGAGGGUACUCCUGGCACCGCCCCCUUCCCGCUUGCCAAUUGCAGCCUCUCCGCCGACCUUCAGUAACCACUCCGCCGGACUCCAGAGUAUCCCGUUUACAUGAUGCAGGCCAGCGGCACCGCUCCACUUCAUAUUCCACUAUCAGCCAGUCUCCUCCCCUCUCCGCCCGCUCCUCCCACAGCCUCUCUUUGCCCAUGCAGCCCACAGAGCAAUGUGAACUCCUCCCAGCCCCUCGUCCAAGUGGGUGACACAGAGGGUCACCAUGUAUCCACCCCCACCUUGGCUAGAGGUGACGCUAACGAAGCUGUCACUCCCAGCCAUAGGGGGUUUGCCUGAUUUGCGCCAGGAUGGGGAAGGGGCCCUCUCUCAGCCAGUUCACGGUGGGCCCUGGAGAAUGCUCACCUUGGAGAUGACCCUGAGCCAAACCCCGCUUUCCAUCAGCCUCGGUGGGCUUUGGAUCAGGCCCAUGUCCUGAGCAAACCUGGCGGUGCCUUGAAGUCGCGGGAAUCGGGAUGUGAAUUAGCAGCCCAGGACUUAAUGGGCUGAGGGUUCUGCUUUGCCACUUCCGGCCGAUUUUUGUGCCCCUGGAGUAUGAGCCGGGUUAAGACAAUGAGGGCCACUCCGCACUGAUUUAGCCACCAGCUGCUGAAAUGCUUGGCAGUUCUGAGACACAUCUGCAUUUCCAGGUGCUGUCUCCCCAAGGCCUGAUUCUGGGUUAUUCCAUUCCUGCACGUGGAGCCAGGAUGUGGGGGAAUGGGUUAAGGUGGCUUUGCCCUCUGCGUAUUCUGGUGCUGUGCCCAGCCCACGGUGUACAUUAGUCUUCAUUGUCCUCUGCCCCCAUGGCCUCCCGAAUGUAGGGAGUACCUGUAGUGCACUGCACGCUGGCAACGCCCCCAAUUUCCUCUUUUCUGGGAGCAGGGCUGGUGGAGAGCCCUUACCCCAGCUCCACAUCGGCCAGGGAGGCCCACUGACAGUUGUACUGGUUUAACUAGAGGCGUGAAUUUAAACCGGCACAAACCCAUUAGUGCAUGCUUUUAAACCGGAAUAAGAGCAUCCACACGCAGGGGUUUGCCCUGGUUAAAGUGAACUGGUUUUAAAACCGAUUUCAGUUCAACUGGUGCAACUUUCCUGCGUAGACAAGAUCUUUGUUCCCGUGGGACAAACAGCUUAGCAGCAGUGCACUGAGGAGAUCAGAUUCCCUUCUAGAGUGGGGCUGAAGCUACUUAUACGGCAGAACCCAAAGGCACCUGGGUUGUACUUGAACUGUGGGCAGAUGGAGCGCUGAUUCUCAUCCCUACCCCUUUAUUUGCCCUCUCUCUGGAUGGAAUUUACCCCUGUGCGCAAAGCCUAUGUGUAACCACCCUGAUGCCGCACAAUGCUUUGUCCUCCCGUAAUAGGAAAAGCCCACCCCAAAGGCUCAGGUAUCCCAGUCCUGGGUUCAGUUCCCACACUUGACCAGAUUAGGGUGAUCAAUACCAGGAGCUGCAUGGGAUGUUUUUUUUUUUCUUCCAUGUGAAAAAUAUCAACAAACACAACAUUUCAGGUUUUCAUUAAAAAAAAGAAUCAUUUUUUCAAUAAAACCUCAAAUGUUUGAACAA